AUGCAACAAAUUCCUGCUUAUGCAAAGCACAUGAAGCAAAUCCCCGCAAAGAAGAGAUAUCUAGAGGAGGAAACUAGUGAUAAACAGGGAAAAUGCAGAGCUAUUUUGGAGAAACCACUUCCACCAAAAGUGAAAGAUCCAGGAAGUUUUACUAUUCCUUGCGUCAUUGGGAAGGAAAAUAUAAGGGAAGCCUUAAUUGAUUUAGGGUCAAACAUUAAUUUGAUGCCCUUAUCUAUGCUUCAAAGGAUUGGUGAUCUUGAAGUCAAUCCAACCAAGGUGACUUUGCUCAUGGCGGAUGGAUCUUCCAAGAAACCCUAUGGUGUAGUGGAAGAUGUGGUGGUUGGUGAGUAUUUACUGAAGGAUAUUAAGAAGGUACACCUACUGAAGGGUGAUGGUAAGAUUUGCACCUACUGA